GGGAGGAGCUCGUGUGGAGUAAUGGUUGUGUUGGACUGCAUACUUUAAAGUUGUGUUGUUGUUAAAUGGUUAUUCUUUUCAUGUGUUGUUAUAUUAGUGUGGCCGUUGUAGUAACUGACAAACUGUGAACGUUAUAAUAAUUCAAUUAUUUUUUUUAAAUGUCCAUUAUGUUUUCACAUAACACAUAUAUGAAAUUGUACCGAUCAAACCAAAGUAGCCUAGGCUACAAUGCAAUAUUUUGAUUCAGUGAUAGCAAUAGAAACUAGUGGUGUCAAACUGUUAUCAAAGUACUGAAUGUUUUUGUGUGAAUUUGACAUAAAGAUCUUAGGAAGUAUCUGGUGUAAAUGAUGGAGAACUUUAUUACAGAUAUAUCUUGGUUUUAGGUAGGCUACGCUUAUCUUCAGUGUUAUUUUUAACAUCAUACACUUUACUUAUUUCUUUGCAUUUCAGUUGAAAAUCUCUUGCCUUGGGUUUAAUUUUUGCACUUUUUAGGUUAUAGUAUUCAUCAUAAUGAUGUAUGAAGUACCAUCAAACUCGUCAGCUUUUACAGAAAUAAAACAUUCAUUAAGAAAGUUAGAUUUUCCUUCUUGUGUUAAAGAGAGUUUGAAGACCAUUGAAAAGUUGUGUCUAAGUAGCCAUGGUUUGGGAAGAACUCAAAGUAUCAAGCAAACUGACUUUGCAAUGGAACUCAUUACUGAAUUUGUUUUCUGUGAAGUUGAUCGUAGAGGAUUCAAAAAGAGAAAAUUAAGUGCUAUUCAAGAGUUGCUGCUCUUAGAGGUACUGUGCGACUAUCUAUCCCAUCCAAAUAUAAAUGAAGUCUGGCGAAAUUCAAUAUUCAUGUCCUUAUUUCCCUCGUCUCAUGGAGAAAGGUCAAGGCUUCUUGUAAAACUUGUAUCCUUGUCAAUAUCGAUAAAUAACAGUUCAGUGUUAAACGCGACUGCAGUAUUAAUCCAACAAGUUGGUUGUACAUCAAAGUUUUCUAUUCAGCUAGCUCAAGGACUUGUCAAUGAUCAUUUCAUAUUAAUGCCUAAAGGUAAUGGGUCUUUACAAGAUUUACCUAUUAUUGCACCUCUUUUCACAGCAAACUUCUUAACUGCAGUUACUGAGAUGUAUUACAGCAGUGAUAGGUCCAUUUUAACUCCUCCUCCGUCAAGAUUGUUAGAAGUUAUCACCCAGUGGGUGGGAGAAAACCCUAGUCUCUGUAUUACAGCAUUAAUCGUUAAUUUGCAACCAGCUCUUCCUCUUGGGGGCAUUCCUAUGCCAGCAGUUACACCUUAUGCAGGCUUAUUUAAAUGGUGUGUUUUGUCACCUCUCUAUGGGUCAGAUGAAACUGCAUCACUAUAUUCUCAGUUGCACCUGUCACUUUUGAAUUCUUUAUUAGAAAAUGAAAAGACUGUUAGUGGAAACAAUGUUAUCUCUGCUCAGAGUUUAUCAUCUAUUGUAGCAUUAAUCUAUAAGUCAAAUGGCAAAGACAGAACCAAGCAGCAAGAUAGUAUAAACAUUUUUGCUCAAGCAGUUCACAUGGCUUUGUAUACAAGAUGUGUCUAUGGAAAUAAACAAGAUAUGUUGGUGCAACUUGAAACUUUGUCUUCAAAUCAGCUUAUGUCUGUUGUGAUAAAUGAACAUCGAGCGAGUAUAUGACAAGAAAUAGCCUCUAACUCCGGGUUGUCUUCCCAGUAGAAAUACUCAAGGAGGAAGAGGCAAAAUCAACUAAUAAAAAGUUAUGCCUCAAUUAAAGAUUCCGCCUACACUGUAUAAUGCAGCACUCUCCAAAACAAGGGUGUGGAUAGUGAGCGUUGCCAGUGCCAUUUACCGCAGGUCUGGAAACUAUGAAAAUGUUUUGUGCCAACAAGCUAUUCUACAGUUCAACCUUUACUUGACCACCAAUAUUCCCACCCACAUCAUCGACGAACUUUACAAUUCUUCUGAAAUACUCUUUGAUUCAGAAGAUGGAAACCAGAGUCAAUUGUCUCCAUUCGAGAAGCAUAUCACAUUUGAUCAGAGGAUUGUGUUGUCUUUGUACAUUCAUAAAAACAUGAAAAGACUCACUGCUCAUAAAAUUGUGAAUGACAAUUUUUGGAAAUCAAAAUUACUUUGUUUACAAAAUCUUCUUAGGCUGGACCUUAACAAAGUGUGUACAGAUGAAAUUUUAGAAGUAGUUGGACAAUGUUGUAAAAAUCUUGAGUUUGUAAAUAUUGUGUCGAAAUCGUGUCAUACACGCACAAAAGACAGACACAAUGCGCUUAAACUGCAAUUGUGCGUGUCUGACACAGGUCUGAGUCACCUCUCUAAUUGUAAGCAGUUGAAGGAGAUUCAAAUGACUUGUAUUAUAAGAAAAGGUUGUGGAGGGCGUCAAAUAACAAAUGAAGGGAUCAAGCGGUUGUUGUUGUCUUUGCCAAGUUUAAGAAGGAUAAACUAUACUGACACAGGAAUUUUGCUUGAUUCCAUUACUGAAGUCGGAAAACUGUCUCUUAUAAGUGUUACAGACUAUCACCCUCGUGCAGAUAGAAUUCCAAAAAUCGAAGCAUUGUGUCCGUACUUGACUGAACUGCACUUAACUUAUGCUUUUUCUUCAGAUGACCACAGAAGCUAUGUGAUUUCUGCUCUAUCAUCCAGCAAACUAAAGAUUUCUACCCUUAGCUUAACGAACUUUCCAUUUGAUGAUUGUCUAAUUAAGUAUUUAGAGUUAAAAGGCACAUAUCUAAGAGAAUUUAAUUUUGUCUCAAGUUUUAUUCAGUCUGUCAAUGAACUAUUCAGAUUAUUAGGUUGGACAUGUCCGAAUUUGGAAAAUUUGCAUGUUCACUUUCAUCUUUUUGAUAGAGGCUUCUUCAGCGAUCAGUACCCUUUCAAUAGUUCUGUCUGCAGUAAUAAUAAGCUAUUUAGCAAUUUAAAAAGCCUUACUAUUAAAGGUGUAUAUUGGGACUCAAGUCAGGUGCUGCCUUUGCUGUUAAAAAAUGCAGCUUGCAUAAAAAAGAUAGUGCUGAAUAACCACAGUUACUCGGGCUGCUUAGAUGAGCUUCUGCAACACAUUCAACAGAGCAAUCCUUUCCUUCACUUGGAGUCAGUGAGCUUUUUGAAAGGUGUACAUGUUUCUUUCCAGUUCCUCAGAACGUUUCUGCUCGCUUGUCCCAUGUUGAGAAGUGUUACUGUGGAGAAUGAAUCACAGGCUUACUUUGAGUUGGUUGUACAGUUACGGGAGGAACUGCUUGCCAAAAAUGUUGAUGUGAACAUCGAUGUAUAUGGCACUUGUUGAGAUAAUUUGCUGGUUAUGUUACUGUAUGUGUUCAGUUUUAUCACCAUUCUAAAUGUACUGGCUGUGACUAGCAACAAAUAAAAGACUUUGCUAUGUAAUUUGGUUUAUUGCAACAUGCAUGUAUUUUUUAUUCUGAGCACAUUAAAUGUAAUUUUAUCUUA